UCACCUGGUCAUUUUUAGAUAGUUUCCGCUGUUGUCUCUCUCCAAAUCGCUGUAUAAAAAAAAAAUAAUUUCUCGCCUGCGCUUGCGCUAAGUGUUUAAAAAGCCGUUUCUACCGUUAAUCGCAAGUUCUUAAGCCAUAUUAAAGUUAAUCCGUGUGACUAGAUAAGCAGAAGGAAAACUCCGUGAAAAUGAAAGCCCAGGAAAAUCAGGGCUAACAAACGCAGGCAGCAGGCCACCAUUUUUAAUUUCUUUGUUUAUUUUGUGCCCAUCUUCGCGAGCGAGAGAGACGGAACGAUAGAAAGACAGCAGGAGGAGUUGGAAAUGGAAAUGGGUUCACUCCAGGGAUAACGAAUAAAUACCAGCGAUGGCCAGCAGCGCCGGAAGUGCUGGAUCCGGAGCAAUCGUUCCCGUUGGAGGAUCCGCAGUUCCCAGUUGUGGCACCAUGGCCUUAUCAUCCGGCGGAUCUAGUGGUCCGCCCGUCAACCACGCCCACGCCGUCUGCGUUUGGGAGUACGAGUCCCGAGGCGGCAAGUGGUUGCCCUAUUCCCCUGCGGUUUCACAGCAUUUGGAACGUGCCCAUGCCAAGAAACUGACCCGCGUCAUGUUGAGCGAUGCAGAUCCCAGCUUAGAGCAGUACUUCGUCAACGUCCGCACCAUGACCCAGGAAUUGGAGACGGAGUCGGCGGGUUCCGGUCUGUUGACCAUCGGCGUUCGGCGGAUGUUCUACGCCCCCAGCUCGCCGGCGGGCAAGGGCACCAAGUGGGAGUGGUCGGGUGGCAGUGCCGAUAGCAACAACGACUGGCGGCCGUACAACAUGCACGUCCAGUGCAUCAUCGAGGACGCCUGGGCUAGGGGCGAACAAACCUUGGACCUGUGUAACACCCACAUCGGCCUGCCCUAUACGAUCAACUUUUGCAAUCUCACCCAGUUGCGCCAGCCCAGCGGACCCAUGCGUAGCAUCCGGCGGACUCAGCAGGCGCCGUAUCCCCUGGUGAAGCUAACGCCGCAGCAGGCCAAUCAGUUGAAGUCGAAUUCCGCCAGCGGGAGCAGUCAGUACAAGACCCUGCCCAAACUGGGGGACACAAAGAGUCUGCAUAGAGUGCCCAUGACCAGGCAGCAGCAUCCAUUGCCGACCAGCCAUCAAGUUCAGCAGCAACAACAGCAGCACCAGCAACCACACCACCAGCAACAACACCAUCACCAACAGCAACAUCAGAUUCAGCAUCAUCAGAUCCAUCAUCAGACGGCGCCCAGGAAACCGCCAAAAAAGCACAGCGAAAUCUCGACCACAAAUCUACGCCAGAUACUCAACAACCUGAACAUCUUUAGCAGCAGCACCAAGCACACGAACAUGGCCACUGCGGCCAGUGCCAGUUCGUCCUCCUCGUCGGCUUCUCUGCACCAUGGCAAUCAUCUGUCGCAUGCCCAUUUCUCGCAUGCCAAGAAUAUGCUGACUGCCUCGAUGAACAGUCAUCAUAGUCGGUGCUCGGAGGGAUCUCUGCAAUCGCAACGGAGCAGCCGGAUGGGUUCGCAUCGCUCGAGAUCGAGGACGCGGGCAUCGGAUACGGAUACGAACAGCGUGAAAUCGCAUCAAAGGAGACCCAGCGUCGACACCGUGUCCACUUACCUCAGUCACGAGAGCAAGGAAAGUCUGCGUAGCAGGAAUUUCGCCAUUUCGGUCAAUGAUUUGCUGGACUGUUCUCUUGGGAGCGAUGAGGUUUUUGUACCCUCGCUGCCGCCAUCGUCGCUGGGUGAGAGGGCGCCGGUGCCGCCGCCAUUACCAUUGCAUCCGAGGCAGCAACAGCAGCAGCAACAACAACAGCAACAACUGCAGAUGCAACAGCAGCAGCAAGCGCAGCAACAGCAAUCAAUCGCCGGUUCGAUUGUGGGCGUGGACCCGGCCAGCGAUAUGAUAUCGCGAUUUGUUAAGGUGGUGGAGCCACCACUAUGGCCUAAUGCCCAGCCCUGUCCCAUGUGCAUGGAGGAGUUGGUGCACUCCGCCCAGAAUCCGGCCAUCUCGCUGAGUCGUUGCCAGCACCUGAUGCACUUGCAGUGUCUCAAUGGGAUGAUAAUUGCCCAGCAGAACGAAAUGAACAAGAACCUCUUCAUCGAAUGCCCUGUUUGCGGAAUCGUUUACGGUGAGAAGGUGGGUAAUCAACCCAUAGGCAGCAUGUCUUGGAGCAUUAUCAGUAAGAAUCUGCCAGGACACGAGGGUCAGAACACCAUACAGAUUGUCUACGACAUUGCAUCGGGCCUGCAGACGGAGGAGCAUCCGCACCCGGGUCGUGCCUUCUUCGCUGUUGGUUUUCCACGUAUCUGCUACCUGCCGGAUUGUCCGUUGGGACGAAAGGUGCUGCGCUUCCUCAAGAUCGCCUUCGACCGACGAUUGUUGUUCUCGAUCGGACGAUCGGUAACCACCGGGCGCGAGGAUGUGGUUAUUUGGAACAGUGUGGACCACAAGACACAGUUCAAUAUGUUUCCGGAUCCCACCUAUCUGCAGCGAACCAUGCAGCAGCUGGUGCACCUGGGCGUGACAGAUUAAGAGAGUGCCUUAACCCAGAAGAACCAAUCACCCACCCACCGAAGCCCCCCGACUCGAUCAUUCUCUUCCAUUCGUUAAUAAGUUACUUCCUACAUAAUCUCAGUGUGUGUGCAAUCCUCGUUUACUAUGAUAUAUUUUUUUUAUAGAUAUAUUGUAAUAGCGUUCGAGCUGCUCGAACCCUAAAACAACAGCCAACCACAAUUGCAAUUGUAGCUUCCUUUCCGCUCUUCCAAUUCGUAUUUGUACGCACUUUUAACCAAUAAGUUAACGUACAUCAUAUGUAUCAGCUAGUUAGUUAGUUAGUUAGUUAGUUUUAGACAUAGUUUCCAAGAGAAUCUUGACCCAAGACACCUACUAGUAUUAGGCAUUAUCCUGAUUCCUGAUUUCUGAUUCCAAUCAAGCCACGCCACGCCAUCCCUCAAACAUUCGAGUGUAAGCUGUGCCAAAAUCGUAGAGCUCCCGUUUUUUUUAGGAUAUGUAUUAUUGUUGAUAUAGAUAGCAUAUAACCACCAUUGCCCAACUCUCCAUCUCUCUCGGUUUCGUAUUUGUCUCUGAUCAGUUCUUUAAAAACCUUUAGAUCGUAAAAUGCUAUAGGGUUAAUCGUAUUUACAGAGAGAGGAGGACUGGGUAUGGGCAGAUUCGAUAGACUUGUCUCACUCGUCUUGGCCAUUUAAUCUCUUCCAUUCAGCGAAUUUGAUGUGAUUUUAAUUUGAAUUAUUCAUUAUUGACCAGAGCCUGCUACGCAUAUAGGGAGCAUAUAUAGUUGUAAAUCAGACAGAUAUUCCAUUAUAUAUAUAUAUAUUAUAUACAUUUAUCAUACCGCAUACCGCAUACCACAUAAAAUAAUUAUUUUUUUUAAUUGAAUCUUUUGCACACAUUUGAUGAAUUGUUGCUUUCAUAUUGAUAUCAUCGAACAUCGAACAGCUAUCGUAUACAUCGCCGAUAUAUAGCAUAUAUAUAUAUAUAUAUAUAUAUAUAUAUAGCAUAUAGUAUAUAGAGAGAUUGUACGGACAGCUAGCGGCUUUUGUCCGCAUCACCAUAUUUGAUAUGAUAUGAUUUUUACUAAGUUGUAUUUAGCACUGAUUAGUUCUUAGUGUUCAUUGCGAAUAUUCCACAAACAAAUUCCACACCAUUAAUCUUAUAUGCAUAUAACAUAUAAACCGUACAUUUAUACAUAGUUCAAAUAAAGUAACUUCAUUCAUGUUCAAA